AAACAUCAAUCUGUGUCAUUUUUCUUCGAUAAUUCUUAUUACAAAGUAACUAAGUAUUUAAAUGAAAUCACUGGUCAAUGGCCAUACCAAAGUAAAAAAAAAAAACUGUUUUAUUUGAAUAUAAGUUUCAUUGCAAUUUUAUUUCAAAUGAUCAGUCAGUCUUCAGCAGCAGUGCAUUGGCACAAUAAUAAAGAUAUAAUGAUUGCAGCUGUCUCACCAAACUUUUUCGACUUGAUUAGCUUGAUAAAACUAAUAAAUAAUAUUCACUAUACACCCAAGAUUAGAAAAAUUUUAGAUUGUAUAAGAAAAGAUUGGAUAACAAUUAUCAACGAUGAAGAAAAACAAAUUCUUCACAGAUAUGCAUACAUUGGAAAAAUAAUCGCAAUUGGAUAUUCAGGUCUCGGAUAUAUUGCUUGUUUUUUUUUCAUAGUGGAUCCUCCACUUACUUAUUUCUAUAACACAAUGUUGGUUCCAAAUCAUUCAUUGCCAGAAACAAAAUUAUACACACUUCCAAUGUACUUUAAUGAAUGUGAUGUUGGAAUAUAUUAUUUUUUAGCAUUAUUUAUGGAUUAUUUUGACACUUUAUCACUCACUACAGUAAUAACAUGUAAUGAUAUAUUAUUUGUCGUAAUUGUACAACAUAUAUGUGGCCAAUUUACAAUUCUUGGAUGCAGAAUACGAAAAUGUCUAUCUUCAAAAUCAAAUCUAACUGAUCAAUACAAAUUAAUCAAAGACUGUGUUAUAACUCAUACGGAACUGAUAAAGCUUUCUGAACAAGUUGAGUCUGUCUAUAAUUCAUGUUUUUUAUUAAUUGUUGGGUUGAACGUACUUUUGCUGAAUCUUACUGUAGUCCAGAUAAUUAUAUCACCAAAAUUGAUUCAGACGGUGUUCAAAUUCUCAAUUUACAUCUUGAUACAAGUUCUACAUAUGUGUUUUUUGUGCACAAUGUCACAACAACUGAUAAAUCAUAGUUUGCAGCUCAGUGAAUCUAUAUAUAAAGCAAUGUGGUAUACAAAAUCACUGAAGAUACAAAAAACAUGUAUGCUCAUGAUUCUACGAUCUCAAGUACCUUGUCAACUAACUGCUGGAAAAAUGAUACCACUUUCACUAGAGAGUUUUGCAAAGAUUCUGAAAACUACGGCAUCAUAUCAAGCUGUUUUUCUAUCUAUGGAUUAAAAAAACGUUUGAGCCAGAAGCAAGAUUGA